AUGGCGACAAGGUGCUCACCGCUUCGUACGACAGCACGGGGUCGGCGAAUUUGGUCUGCGGAGUCUGGAGAGUGUUUGCGCACCCUGGAGGGACAUCGGGAUUGGGUGAAUGCUGCCACGUUCUCGCCCGAAGGGCAACUGGCGCUGACCGCCUCGAACGACAACACCGCGAAGGUCUGGUCUACCGAGUCUGGCGAGUGUUUGCACACAUUGAGAGGCCACGAGUACUGGGUGAAUUCUGUCAUGUUCGCGCCAGACGGCAACAGAGCACUCACGGCGUCAGACGACCGCACGGCACGGAUUUGGUCAACAUUGUCGGGGGAGUGUUUACGGACGUUGAAGGGUCAUGAUGAUAAUGGUUGGUGGGGUUGA